UUUUAUUUAUCUCUUCCUGUUGUCAGUCUCCACCUCCAUCCAAUAUAGCUCGAUCGUUGUUCUCGAAUCGAUUAUUAUGCGUAACCGUCAAUACAUAAUCGACGGGAAACGGACAGUCUAAAGCUGGCUGUCAGCCACGUCUGCCAUUUCGUUUAUUCGCAAUUGAGCAAGUCUAAAAAUUUCCAGUUUUUCUUUAUAACCACCCAUCAAAGAGAAAUGGUUGUGAAAAUUCCAACAGUUCCUUUGAACAAUGGAUACGAAAUGCCGUUGAUUGGCUUCGGAACAGCAAACGCUUACCAUGACGAAAUCAUCCGGGCCGUUGGAGACGCAACUGAGGCCGGCUAUCGUCAUUUCGACGGAGCUUCAUUUUACGCCAAUGAAAUUGAGGUGGGCCAAGCCAUUCGGCAGAAGAUGGAAGACGGCGUGGUUGAUAGGAAAGAUCUUUUCAUUGUUAGCAAGUUGUGGUGCACGUUCAUGAGUCCCGAAUUGGUUGAGCCGGCCCUACGUCAAACUCUGAACGAUCUCCAAUUGAAUUACUUGGACCUGUACGUGAUGCACUGGCCAAUGGCGUUCGAGGAGAAUACGGAUUUGAUACCGUUAGACGAGAACGGCCUUCUCAGAUGCAAAAAUGUCGACUUUGUUCAUACCUGGAAAGCAAUGGAGGCGUGCGUUAGCCAAGGUCUGGUACGUUCGAUCGGCGUUUCCAAUUUCAACAGUCAACAACUAAGAAGACUGAUGGACAACUGCACCAUUAGGCCAGUCACUAAUCAGGUAGAAGCUCACGUUUAUUUGAGUCAGAAACCAAUGAUUAACCUCUGCAGAGAGUACGAGAUUGUCGUGACGGCGUACGGUCCACUUGGACGCCCGGGACUUAGCCAGGAUCCCGAAAACGACCCCAUUCUCCUCGAUGACCCUAAAGUUAAAGACAUCGCAGUCAAGUACAACCGAACCGUUGCCCAGAUUUUGCUUCGCUACCUGACUAUGCAAGGUUUGCCCGUCAUUCCAAAGUCUUCCAACCGCGCCAGAAUCAUCGAAAACUUAGCAUCUGUCGAUUUCGACCUUGCAACCGAGGACAUGGCCCUUAUAGCCGGCCUAAAUCGUGACUAUCGUUACUUGAAAAAUGAGUGGGCUAGUCAUCACCCUCAUUAUCCAUUCCAUAUCCCAUUUUAAACUGUAAGAAAAUCGAUAGUCUGAUAAUA